UUCUAUGGCUUCAUCUCUCCCAAGCUUAAUCUUGUAAAUAUGAAAGUAGAUUUCUUAAAUAGAAAUGUUAACGAAGGAUUUAGCGGUGGUGAAAGGAAACGCAAUGAGAUUUUACAACUUGCGGUUCUAGGUGCUGAAUUGGCUAUGUUAGAUGAAAUUGAUUCUGGGCUAGAUGUUGAUGCACUUCAAGAUGUAGCUAAAGCAGUCAAUGGGCUUUUGACUCCCAAGAAUUCUGUCUUGAUGAUCACUCACUAUCAUCGCCUUUUGGAAUUCAUUAAGCCCAAUUAUGUUCAUAUUAUGGAGAAUGGAAGAAUUGUGGAAACAGGAGAUGUGUCGGUAGCAAAACGUGUUGAGAAAGAAGGAUAUAAAGCAAUGUCUACCACAUAAAACUGCAGGACAGGUCAUAAAUCAACAAUUGAUUCAAUGAACAAUGGAGGCAAGACAUUUAAACCCCAGUUCUGAGUUGCUUGUGUUUUAAUAUAAGUUUUUUUGAUAAUCAAAUAAGCCCACGUUAAGGAAAGAUGAAUCCAUUUGGCUUUGACAAGGAAACCCUGGAAUUGUAUAAUGUCCUCACUGCUUAUCCAGUUUUGGCCUAACAAGGAAGUACUUGCACACCUUCAAUGUUAUGGUCAUAUAAUUUUGUUUUGGCAAGUAACAUUUGUUAUGAGAAGACUAUUGGUAUUAUUGUUCAUCAAAUAAUGUGGAUAAGGCUUCAUCUAGUUGUGAUAUGAUAUGAGUUUGAGAUAUGUGUUCUUAAGCA